AUGAUCGAAAAUAUUCCAAAAGAGAAGUCCAGAGCUUAUGCAGUAAUUCAUGACGAUGAAGGUUUUGACUGGAGUCAGAUUCUUCCAGAUGAAGAUCGUCCUGUAAUAGCUCAUGGCAGAAAAGCAUCAAAAGCCCUGCAUCAUGUUCUUGUUGCUGAAAUUCGUGAAGAAAACAAAGAAAAGGAUACAGAGAUAAAAGAGAAAACUGGAGAAGAGAUUCUAAGUGAGAAAAGUGAACCAGUUAUUCCUAGAAGUGACAUAGUUCAUGAUGAUGUUCUUCUAGUUAUUCCUCGAUCCGGCGAAUAUUAUUCUAAUGUUGCCAAAGACAAGACAUAUGUAAAAAGGCUAGAUAAAAUCAUCAGGGAUGCUAUGACAACAAAAUUGAGGAAGAGGAAUGAAGAAAGAAUGAAGAAGAACAUUGAGAAUCUGGUUGAUGAUUUGAAGAAAGCUGCUGAGGAGGUCAAGGUUGAAGAAAAAGUGAAAGAUGGAGUUGAGAAAGUUGAAGAGAAGGUAGUUGAGAAAGAAAAGGCUGUUACUGAAGAACAGCAAGUUGAAGAAGCCAAGAAGGAGAAGGAAAGUUCGAUAGAAUUGAAGGUUGAAAGUUCAACAAAUGUUGCUGGUAAUGUUGUUGAUGAGAAGCAGCAGAAAGAAGCUGAUCAGACAGAAACAGAAGCAAACACCAAGGUGCCAAUCACUGAGGAAUCAUAUGAAAAGGUAAAAAGUGAAAUGAAACUUGCUCAAUCAAGAUUGAAAUACUGUUCUGAAACAUCAAAGGAAUUAAAACGAAUGUAUGAAAUUAAACAAGGUGUUGUAAAUUCUUAUAUUGAAGAUGUUGUUAAGCUAAAACAAUAG